AUGCUGCUGCACGGAGCGCAAUCUCCCCCGCCAGCACCCGUUACCCACCACCAGCCCGACCUGUCCGCGCGACCACGGCGCAAGAGGAAAGCCGAGACACAAGACAACGAGCGCCUCUCGAAGCGAUUGAGUCUUCUCAAUCUAGAACAAAACGGCCAGAAGCUCUACGUCCCCGUCGAAACGCCCACCGCCCCAGCCCUCCCCGCUUCCGCCCUGACCCCAGCAGCGCAAGCGGCAGCCGCCGCAGCCUCGCCCGCCAAUGCCGACGACGACAUGCACCUCGACGACACGAAACACAAAGUCUACAUCUACUCGCUCGACGACGAGCUGUCGUCCUCCGACUCAGACCCCGACGACGGCCGGCUCGUCUUCCUGCCCGACAUUGAGCGCCACCUGCGCGCCGCCCGCCUCGUCGAUCCCGGCGCCGCCCCGCUCGUCUCGGUGCCGCGCCCCAUCCAGACCGCCACCGACGGCUGCUGUAGUAACAAGUACGAAGAAGAUAUUUAUUACGCAGAGGAGUGA